AAUAAGAGAUAAAAUUGAACGUGAAUUAUAAAACCAAUUUAUUGCAGUGAAAUUUAUUAAAAUUUUUAGUUAUAAAGCUAGUUUCUCAAUGCAAAAAGUGAAUUUGUACGUUGGAACAACUUAUCUAGUUACUGCAAGUUGGUUUAAACGAAUGAUACGGCAUAAUCAAUGAAGUUCCUGGAAGAUUGAACAUUUAAAUAAAAUUGGAGUAAGCUACAGUUAAAAAGGCGCGAGGAAAAGCGAAAAGAUGGAAGAGUAGGUGUGAGCACGAGGGUAGAAAAAGAAACUACUUUUUUGUGCUGAUCAUACAAAUAGACUGCUUCAAAAUUACUUUCUGAAUCCGCAACAGACUCAAAAAAGUAAUGAGUCAGACGGAUCGAAUCUCAAAUCACUCUAAUCAGGAGGAGCUGGAUCUUACGCUUACGCCCUGUGCGGCUUGUAAAACUACCUCAACGGAGAAUGAGCCAAUGGUAGGAUGCGAUUCGUGUGAUAACUGGUUUCACUAUCGAUGUGUGAAUGUGACGGAAGCCGUAAAAAAAGAAAAACGGUGGUUUUGCAAGGAGACCGCUCGCCAAGAGGCGGCCAAAAAGUAUCAGAAAAAAACAGAUACCAAGAAAAAGAAGUCAGAAACGGUGCCCACACUGGAACAGAAGUUAAAGUAUAUGGAAGAGGAGCAUAAGAAGAGGUUGGAGGAAUGGGACAUGGAGAGGAUCCUGGAGGAAAGGGAAAAGCAGUUUAAAUUGGAGCUGAAGGAAAAACAGAUGCAGCAGGAACAGGAAUUAAAAGAGCAGGAAUUGGAUCGAGAGAAAAAGAUGCUGAGUCGUGCUCUAGCGGACAAAGUAAAUUACCUCCGGCGAAUGAAGUGUAUUCGUGACGAGUAUGAAGAGGAAGUAAAUAUCAUGGAUGAGAAUGCCCGAGGGCUAGGAUUGUAUUUUCCGGUAUCAGUCUCCAAUGUGAAUGCCGGAAAGCCACCAAUUACUGAAUCGUUGAAACGAAACCAAAAACCGAAGAAGCUGAAUAAACAGGAGGUCGCGUCUGCAAGUGGAAUUGCUGGAGCCGAUUUCGUGGACCAUCAAGCGGAUCAAAACGUGGAUGGAUCAUCGUCUAGUAUCCCGAAGAAGAAUCGUGAACAAGUUGACAGCCAGAUUCAAAACGGGCUGGGGCAGCAGCAUGCUGAUCCACCAAGAUGCAGCUUGCAGCUAGAAGCGGUGUGACCAAAAAACUGCCAGUUUUCACCGGAAAGCCGGAAGAUUGGCCACUUUUUUACGGGACGUACCAAGCAUCGAACGAGGCAUGCGGGUUUACUGAUGUAGAAAACUUGGUAAGGCUUCAAGAAAGUCUGAAAGGUCCCGCCUUGGAAAGUGUCCGAGGUCAGCUGAUACUCCCGAAAUCCGUUCCAAAAGCAAUCGAAAAACCUCGCCAACUAUAAGGUCGUCCUGAACUUAUUCUUCAAAGCCAUUGAAAUCGCAUCAAGAAGAUCGAAUCACCGAAGCCGGACAAACUGGCAACGUUCAUCCCAUUCGGAAAUGCCAUAGAACAGCUUUGUGAGCAUUUGGAGGCGGCAGAUUUGCAGCAACACCUGGUCAACCCAAUAUUGAUCCAAGAUUUGGUGGAUAAAGUCCCAGCCGGCGACAAACGCGAAUGGGUCCGCUUUAAAAGGAUCAAGGGAAAGGUGACGUUGAGGACGUUCACUGAUUUCGUUGCACAGAUCGUCGAUGAAGCGUUCGAAGCAAAUGUAGGAUUGGAACCGAAAUACGAGCCGAGCCCUUCAAGCAACCGUGGCAAUUUCGGAUGCGGCAAUGGCGGAAGUAAAAACGUAUAUAAGGAGAAGCCGGUGUUAAACCAUGAAGUAUUGAACAGUAAGCCAAGCAGUUCCUCCGAGAAGGCGAAGUCGAAACCAUGCAAAGCAUGUCGCCGAACAGAUCACCGUUUGAGAUUCUGUGAAGAUUCGUAACCAAGUGGAAGUUGUGCAGCAUUUGCCUAAACGAUCACGGCAACGCAACCUGUAAAUUCAAAAUUCGCUGCAACAUCGGCGAGUGUCGAGAACAACAUAAUCCGUUACUCCAUCCAGCGUGUAAGUAUGAGUUGCCUCACACUGCCCAACUGACUCACCCUUACGUUCUCAGGGUCGUAGCGUGUUCGGGGGGGGGACUCAGUACUAUUGCAAUAGAAACCGAUCUCAAUCAGGCAAAGCGGACCAACGAAAGACUAGCGGAAAAAGGAUUGGCUCUAAUUUUAAUGUAAAGAUUUGGAUUCAUUUUACUUCUUUAUUCCGAAUUUAACGUUCAUGUUGCGGUACCGAUCACGACGACGCGUUGGGGCCCAUCGAUGACAUGCAGGAGGGAGGGAGAGAGGGUACGUACCUCGACCGCCUAACGGUCAACCAGUGUGGUUUUGAUGACCCCACGUUUCACUGAUACCACGCCAUUUCCUUCUGGGGACGUUGCGGGCUUCGCUGUCUUGUCCUACUGGCUCGA